GGACUGUAUUGCCAGAGUUACAGACUAAAGCUGAAACACUUUCUUGGCUUUGGAGUCAAGCUAUAAUAAUGGAGACAAUUCUGAAGUCUGUGUUUCUCCUCCUUGUUGCUACCUCAUUUGCACUUGCCAAAAAUACGUCUGCAAAAGAGAAAGCUCCAACCAAAGCACCUCAAACACUCUCCAGGGGGUGGGGCGAUAACCUUCAAUGGGUUCAGACAUAUGAGGAAGCCUUAUUCAAAUCUAAGUCUGGAAACAAACCUUUAAUUGUCAUUAACCAUAGAGAAGAUUGUCCUCAUUCCCAAGCUCUGAGGACAGCAUUUGCAGAACACAAAGGCAUCCAGGCCCUAGCACCACAAUUUGUACUUCUUAACGUAAUUUAUGACCCUACAGAUAAGAAUCUGCUCCUUGAUGGUCAAUAUGUACCCAAAAUUGUCUUUGUCGAUCCUUCCCUUGUAGUAAGAGCAGACAUUCCUGGAAAAUAUUCAAACCAUCGUUACACUUAUGAGCCAAGUGAUAUUGAUUUGUUGUAUGAAAAUAUGAAGAAAGCUCUGAAACUCCUGAAGACAGAAUUGUAGAAGGUGUCAUUCAACUUACACGUUUUUGUAGAUCCAUAAUAUAUUCAUAUUGUGAAUGUGUAUUGAAAAAGUUAUUAUAUUCCUAAACUAUUAUGCAAAUUAGCAAUGUAUGUAGAAAAUUACUUUUUUUUAACAUGUUCCAUGCUUCUCAACUGAAAGCAAAUGUUUUUUUUAAUAAAUCAACUUGAGGUUA